AUGUCCAGAAUAGGUGAAAGCAGCUACGAACAGAGUGAAGAAACGGAGAAGAGCCUGAAGGGGAAAGGUCCCCCCGGGAAGAAUAGAGGCAGCUCGGCGGGAUCAGAAUAUUCAGAAGAUGAUGAUGGGGAGAGAAGACACGAGGGAGAUGUGGAGGAAGAUGUGGAGGAAGAUGUGGAUGAAGAUUCGGAGGGAGAUGUGGAGGGCGAUGUGGAGGGCGAUGCGGAGGGAGAUGCGGAAGGGGAGGACGACGAAGACUCGGAUGACGAUGAGGGGUCGGACGCGGCGGAGGAAGAUGGAAGGAAGGACCAAAACCAGGAAAGCGAAAAAGUGGCAGAAGACAUCUUCAACGAAAAUAAUCUGUUGCACGCCAUAAAAAUGAGAGAAAUUCUGGAGCAGGAGAUCCUAGUGCUCUUUAGCAAUAUGCUAAAAAAAGAGGUGGUGUUAAAUAAGGGCCUAAAGAGUACAAAUCGGGAAGAUAUAUCGGAAUAUAGAGGAGACCCUCUGGAUGAUGGGGGUGACGAACACACCCAGGAGAGAAAUGAAAAGGGGGGGGGUGCAAACAAGAAGAAGGAGGCAGAAAAGAAAUCAAAUUUGAAGAUAAAGAAUAAAGAGCUGUACAAUUUUAUAUACAGUAAGAUGAACUUAAGUGGGAGGGAAGGAGCAGACAAGAAGAGGGAAGAUAAAGGUGAGGAAGGCACAGCUGCCGAGUCGGGUCUCUCCAGAAGAAAAAGACAAGGCAGUAGUAGUAGCCACAGCAGUGGCAGCGGAAGAAGCAGCCGCAGUCGCAGUCGAAGCCGCCGCCGUAGUCACCUUAGCAAAAUGGAUACCAUCCAGCAUGUAGAAAAAGAACACUACAUCCUGGACAACAACGUGGUGAACAUACUGAACGAUAUCAACACCUACCUGAGAAGAGAAAGAGAGUGUCUCAAUCGGAAGUUCGGAGCUCAAGUAGAUUCUACCUUUAAGAACCCAAUGUAUGUAACUCUCUAUAUAUUUAAUAAUCAAAUUUUGAAAGACAUGAUUCUGCAGAUGAUUAAUAUCGUUAAGAACGAAUUCGAUAGCUCCAUCUACAGAGACAUCGAUGAGACUUUGUUGACAAGAAAUAUCUUCAUUCUGAUUAAUCAUCUUACUUCUCGACCCACCAAGGAGUGGUUCGAUUAUUGGAACAAACACAUGCCUACGUUUAACAAUAAGAGAAGCGAAUUCAACGUGUACAAUUAUCUAAAGAUUGAGAAGAAUGAAAGGAAAGUAUUUUCUGGCGUCCUAAAGAAUGACAUGUAUUUCAAGGAGCUACAGAAACGGUCAAACAUAAUUGAGCAGUAUCAAAAUGGGCUUCAAAGUUUGAAGUGCCUUUUGUCUAGUAGAAACUUCCUCACUCUCCUAAACGAGUUUCGAUACAACUGCCAGCUGUUCAUCGAUGCCGAUUAUCGAGGCAUUGAGGAGAAUGAGAAGGUUUUGGAGAUGCAGCGGAAGGAUGCAGAGUUGAUUGAGGAGAAGGGCCGCCUCAAGGAGGAGCUGCAGUUCUGUCGGGAGAGCCUCAGAGGGGCUGAUACCGGUGGAGAAGCAGGCGGGGGGGAAGCAGGUGGUGGCGAAGGAGGCAAUGGCGACGAUAGCGGUGACGAUGGUUGCGACCCCCCAGAGGGUGAAGAGGCCAGCCACGGGGAGGGUGUCGACAAACCGAGAAAGACGAACAAACUCCUGCGCAAGAAAAUCAGGACCCUGAAGAACCGAAUCGACGAAAUAAACGAGGAGCUACUCAAAGUGGCUAACUUUUUCCUGGCGGACAAGAGGAAGAGAGAGAGGCGAAUGCACGAGUACAGGGAGAAUGUCUACCUGGUGCGCAACAUACUGACGCAGGUCCUGGGUAUUAGGAACCCCAAGAGAAGCAGCUCCAUUAACUCCAGCAAUGUGCAUUACGUGAUUCUGCAGAACGUGCUGGAUAGCCACAGCGCCCUGACUCUAAUCAUCGAGGAGAUGAGGCAUCUUUUCGACAGAGAAUUGAAGAAGUACGAAACCGAGAAGAACAUUCACAUCCCCUACUUGAGGCAGACCACGAUGAAGGAGAUAUGGGACUACGUGAGGCUCUUCUACAACAUCGUGUGUUACAUAGACCCGAUAGACUUGGUCAGGUCGCUGACGCAUCAGGCGCCGGCGCGGUGUGGAAGCGGCGGUAGAAGCAGUGAUAGGGGCGACGCAGCUGGCGGUGAUAGAAGCGGCGCUAGAAUUAGCAGCGGAAUUGGCGAUAGAAUUAGCGGCGGAAUCAGCGGAAGGAACAGCGGCGCAGCAGGAAAGCGCCUCUCUGCGAAGAAGACGGCCGCCCCCAGCGCAGCAAAGAGAGCCAGCCUUCUCAACCCAAGGAAGAACAACCAGAUGAUCAUGCACCUGUCUAGGAUAAACCCACUGCUAGCGAAAUCGAAAGUUAGAAAGCCAAAUGAAGAAAAACACAUGAAAAAAAAAAAAAAAAAAUUCAUAGAGAGAAAAAAUUUAAUAGACCAUUACGAGAACUUCUCCUUCGAAGAUUUAUCCUUCGACAUAUUCGAAGAGAAGAACAACAUCGGCGAGGGAGGGUCUUUCCUCAAAGGGAACAUCCUAGACACAUUCGACUACAGCAACCUGUACCGAGUGCAAGAGUUGUUAAAUAACAUCAUAGGAAUAAAUGAAGAGUUCGAGAAUGUGUACGAGGGGAGCAAUCACGACGGGAUCAUGAGGGAAGAGGGGGACGAUGACGGGUUCAAUUAUUCACUCAAGGUUUUCUUAAAUAUCUGCAUCAAAGAUCUCAGGAGGUGUAUAGUCGAGUACUACAAUCACCAGUGGGAUAUAAAGAUUAUUCUCAAUAUACACGCCUGGAUCGUUACGUAUUAUACGAAGUUUUAUCUCUACGAGAAUAGGAAGCGACUGAACAAUUGCCGAAUGGGGAAAGCGAUUUCCGCUAGGCAUUCAGCAGCUAGGCAUUCCGUAGGUAGCCAUUCCGCAGGUAGCCAUUUUUACAACGGAGAGGAACAAGCCGUAAAGGAAGGAAAACAGACGGAAGAGGAGAACUCCCUCUUCAUAUCCCGAAUUCAGAUGGUUCUAGGAAUGCAGGCAUAUAUAGGAGAUAACAGUAUUCACUCAGAAUUCCUCUGUGAUACUUUCCAAAGGUUAAUAAGGGAAGAGAAAAUGAAAAAAAAUAGUAGCAAAAUAGUUUUGUGCUGUCUGAGGUGCCUACAUGCCGAUCUAAGUCUAAUCGAUCUACACGCUCUCUCCACUGAUGAUAAUGUGAAAUCGAUUUGUAAAUCCUCUCUGGAUAAUUUUCUAAAAAGAAACAUCCUAAAUAGCUUAAGUUGGAUUCUAAAAAAUUUCAAACUGAUGAGUCACGACAGGAAUAUCUUCACAUACGCUCUUAAGUGUGCCCUCAUGAUAAUCGAGUUGCUCGAAAAGUUAGGUGGAAGUACGUACAUACUGAAGGAGGGGAGAAACAAAAUGUACGACGACGAGGAGGAGGAAGACGAAGAAGAGGACCAAUUGUACAACUCGAAUGGAAGUGCUUACCAGAAUGGUAACUCGAAGCAACAUGGCAAAAAUGGGGACUACGAUGCUGAAGCAAUAGAAAGAGUCAGUGUGACUGAUCUAAUCGAAGAAAUCUACAGCGGAAAAAUUGUAAAUACAUGCAUGCACAUAAUAGAAGAAUACAAAAGAAAUAGCAUCCAAAUAAAUCACCUAAUAAUUACCUACUUUGAAUUGCUACUCAAAUUUAAAAACAACGAUUACAACUUUUUACUCUUUUUCGACAUGAAAUAUUUUCUCAUUUUUAUGAAUAUAAUGAAUGACCAAGAAUGCUACGCAAAUCCAAAGUACCACUGGAUAGCUUCCUUCUUUGAAAAUAUAGUGGCUUGUUUUUUUAAGCUAUGGAAUACGAACUACUUCUUACCGGUGGAGCUCUUCUUUAGCAAAGCGGUAAAUAGAACCCUCUUUAGUUUGUUAAGCGAAAAAUAUAUGCUGUCUAUUUUUAGUAACUACACAGAGGGGAAUGAUCACUUCGUCUUCGAGGAGCUAAACAAAGGGAUGGACAUAAAUGAUAUCUUCAUCGAGAUGAAUAGCCGAAAGAGGUUAGAAGCUUUGGAGUGGUCAGCGGAAGAUGUAGAAAGUCUGAAGGUUUACUUUAAGCAAUUCAAACAUAUGCACAACUUCUUGCCCUUCAUUAGUGAGAUGCUCAAUAAAUCCCCUAGCAGCGUGAAGAACCAACUUAUCUUUCUCAAUUACAUGGACCGAAGGGGAAACAUCAUCGAAGAUGAUGUGGAGUACGACAUGGACUACGACCUGUCGGACUCGUCCCACAGUUCUGGGGAUGCGACCGAAGGAGAGGCUGAAGGCGAGGCGAAAGGCGAGACGGACGGGGAGACGCCCGACAGGAUGGGCAGCGGGGUGGGCAGCGAAACCGGGAAGGAAGUCGACACGGAGCCAGACACAGCGGCCGACACAGAAGCGGAAUCCACGACCCCAAGAAGCCCACGCCGCGCGGCUACCAAGGAGAGUAGGAAGGCCAAGCAACCUCUCCUCUACACUGUGUACAAACUGAAGAAGCUAAACAAAGUGCAGGAGAAAGAGACAAGCCUAACCUCCAGUGGAAUCAACUGCAAUGUGGAUACCGUCCUCGAAGAAGUCAUCUUUAAUUUGAAGUCUCUCUACGAAUUGAAGAAGUUAUCCAAAAAUAAGUUUUUCAACUAUAAGGCUCUCUUGUUUGAUAUUCCACUGAGCAUUUCAUCGGAGCUACUCGAACAUAACAGCUUUAAAAAGCUACUCAGCUUGAUUGGGUUCGUGUAUAAAGAGACUAGCGAUGAAUGGGUUCUGAAUGAACACUUAGAUGUGGACAUUUUUAGGAGUAUUAUUGAAAAGUGUGAGGAGUUGUUUCCUCUCUCGCUGGAGGAACUGCGGGGCAGGUUACGCGUCCCUGAGAGGGACAAAGUCUCCCAGGGGGCCCAUCUCAGUCAUGAUGAUCAAGGGGGUGGAAAAGACGAUGCGGGAAAGCAGCACCUACCGCGGGAUGACACUAAAGAUGGCACGAUGCGAAGCGGAGCUGGUAGCGGACCUGACACUGUACCUGACCACAGCGACGCGGAGCUGCACCUGCUGGAACCCCCCAAGCUCAAGGGGACAUUCUCCCUCCUCAAACUAAUGUAUGACCUGUUCAUAUCGAAUGAGGACGAAUUCAGAAUCUUUUUCAACGACCUAGUGAAUCUGAUUAGAGAUAAAACUAGUUCCCUUUUCCAGUGCAGAAAAGCAGAGGGGGUGGACACAAACGAAAGGAAGAACCUCACCUACACAGAAGAAAAUGGCACAUCUUCCGAGACAGCUAGCCAAAAGAAUGAUUCCAAUUUAGACAAUUACACCAUUUAUCUAGAACCCAAAGAUAGACAGGUUCUGAAAAGAUGCCAGAAGAAGGAAGUCCUUUCAGAAUUGCUCCAAUACCUCUGGGUGUACGUCUCCAAGUCAGAGAAACUCAUCAUUUCAAAGCACAUAAAGGAGAAAACUUUUUCUGAACGAUUUAGAGUGAUUAAUAACUAUAAGACCUUGGGGGUAGUGGAAAUUGAAAGCAUCAUACGUGAGAAGCAAUCUGAAAUAGACGAGAAGAAGAAACAAAAGGAGACUAAACCGACGUCGCAACAGAAGUUUUUUUUUAUAAAGCGUGUUUGUGAGUAUCUGCACCGAGUUUAUGUUCCUGCCAAUAUGGGUCCGAUCACCAUUGGUCGGAAUUGCCCCCUGAAUGAGACAUAUUUCGGAGGAGACAAACUCCUCACCUGCAUUUAUGAGAAACUGAAUUCUUGGAAUGGCAAGCGGAACAAAAAAACCGACGAUGCGCAGUGCUUCGCCUUAGCCGCUAUGGAUUUGCUAAGCUACAUCGUCACUCCGUCGAAGGUCCCCACGGGGGGUACCACCACCACUGCUACUAUCACUGCUACCACCGCUACCACAACCGCCGGCACCACGGUGGGGCCUCCCCCUCAGGACGUUGACCCCGAUUCUUUCCUCCCGUUAGUCGAAAACAUUUGUGUCACUUUGAAAGCCUCGGAGGAAGAAGGGGGCAUCCUAAAAUGGAACCCCCAGCAGGUCCAGAGGCAGUGGCUCAAAAUUAUGCUCAAGUUAUUUUACAACGUGCUCUACGACAGUGAAUACAAUACCGUGGGGAAGCUCUUCCUGGAGUAUAGAAACAUUAAGGAGAUCCUAAAGGAUAAGUCGCUGGACUUUUUGUCUCCGCAAGGGAUGGCGGCAGGAGUAGAGGAGGAAGGAGCAGCAGGGGUAGUGGCGGAAGGAGGGGCAGAAAUAGAGGCGAAAGUAGCGGCAAAUGCACACGGGCUGUACAGUGGCCUGGAGGAGCUGCAGAAGGAAGAUCCCUCGAAGCCAUUCACCGAAGAGGCCUAUCUGGUAAGCACGCAGUACAAGGCGCACACCAGAGAGGCGACAGCGAAGAGAACCUCGCUGGCCGGGGGUGCAAUCGCAGAGAAGAGUAAAAUGGACUCAGCCCCGAGUAAAGCCGCCACAGAGAAGAGUAAAAUGGACGGAGCCCCGAGUAAAGCCGCCGCAGAGAAGAGUAAAAUGGACGGAGCCCCGAGUAAAGCCGCCGCAGAGAAGAGUAAAAUAGAUGCAUCCCCGAGCGAACCCCACUCCAGAGAAAUUCCCCUCAAUCCCAUCUCCCCCCAUAAAAGAAAACUGGGUGACAUAUAUGCGGAGGAUUAUUCAGCAUUCUUCAAAAAGAGGAAGCUGCAAAAUGCCUACAUCAACACGUACAGGAAGAAUCGCAAAAGCAUCAUUGACUCGCUGCUUCAGAACAAGAACAUCGCACAGUACAAGGAGAGUGACAUUAUCAAUCGGGUCAAGCAGGUCUUCAUAAAGGCUCGCCAGAUGGCUUCCACGGGGGACCUUCGCAACCGAUGGAAAUCUCGUGAUGACGUGAAGAGGAUACUCCUGCUGUGA